UUUGUGCAGCGCAAAUUUUGUCUGGUAAUUAGGGUUUUUUAGUUAACGGACAUCAGAAAGCCUGAAGCUUUGUUGCUCUAGGGUUUCGAACUUAUACCAUGUCCAAAUAGCUCUAUUUGGGUUGACGAGCAAGUUUUAAAGCUGGUUAUCUUGGGUUUUGGCUGAUAUCCGAUUUGAGUGAGCCACCAUAAUUAGGGCUUUAGCUCAAGAGAAAGCUCAGAGCUUUUGAUUAAUUUUGUUAUCCAUUUUUAUAAAUCCCUCUUAUUUAGAGACUUAUGUGAUUCUAGCGUUUUGAAUUGAUAUCACUGGAUUUUGGGUCAUGAGAAAGCUUAUCGUGUAUUCUGCCCUUACAAAUACCUAAAUUUGACUUACCCAAAAAAAAACCUAAAUUUGGAAAAGUAAUGGCGGAUUGUGAGUACUUGCACAAUAUGUUUGAUAUUAGGCUAAGGCCUCGGUUGUUAAGGUCUUUAAUGGCAGAUAGAAUACCUGAUGAGAAGCAGCCAUUUUCAAGCCCUUUGGAGCUCUCUAAUGUCAUCUCUUAUAUCAAACUCCAUAAAUUAUUAUCAGAGACUUAUCCUGUAAAGGUCGAUAAAUCUCAUUUAAAUGACAGGAAGAGCGCGGUGGACUCAUGGAUGGAGUGCUUAUUAUCAUUGGCCUCAAGCUAAAUGGAAAAGGCAUGCUCAGUACCACCAUUUCUUGUACACUCUUACCACCAUUUCUGAUGAGAAGCAGCCAUUGUCAAGCCCUUUGGAGCUCUCUAAUGUCAUCUCUUAUAUCAAACUCCAUAAAUUAUUAUCAGAGACUUAUCCUGUAAAGGUCGAUAAAUUUCAUUUAAAUGACUGGAAGAGUGAGGUGGACUCAUGGAUUGAGUGCUUAUUAUCAUUGGCCUCAAGCCAAAUGCCUUACAAGUGUUGGGUAGGUGUUUGCUUGCUAGGCCUCACAAUCCAAGAGUGCAGUUUGGACCGUUUUGUGGUGUCAGACUCUUAUUGGUUUCAAAAGCUUCUUGUACACUUGAAGGUUGGGUGGCAUCCCAAAUGUAAAGAAAGAGGGGACAUCUCUUGCUGGGAAGCUGAUACAACCAAUUCUGUGGUUAUUAUCUGAGGAUUGCUCUGCUCAGAGGCUGUAUGCGGAUCUCCAAGCUGUGUACAAUUGUUGAAGGUCUUCAAGAGCCAAAUGAUAUGCAUGCUUGCUCUCAACAGACAUCAAUUUCCAUCAUUAUAGGGCUUAGUGAGUCAAUUAGGGGCUUGGGGAGUCAACUUGCAUUGGAACUGGACUGAUAAGCCAAGUAUGAGUUUUUUAAAUAAGACUCAUUUAUGGGCACCUCCAUCAUGUCAGCAGUCCUUCAGAGAAAGGGAGACUAUGAUCUGAGUCUCUUGCGACCAUUAGGUGGGCAACAAGAAAUGGUCAAUCUGUUAUGCACCCUCAUAACCUUCUUUCCAUCUUCUAUUCGCCAUCAUUAUGAUAAUGUCGAAGCUGCCAUUGCUUCCAAGAUCAUCUCUGGGAAAUGUAGCAUAAGUGUCUCCAAGGUGACUGUCCCUAUUCGUCCUCAGCUUGCACUUGUUGGACAAGUAAUAUCUGUGGAUGGUGCUCUUUGCCAGACCUUGAUGCCCAUUCUGCUAGUUUCCCAACAGUUGUUUCUUUGCUCCGAGCUACCAUUAUUGCAAUUAUGUAGUUUGGAUUUACUGACUUCCAUAAUCAAGGGAGUGGGAAGUCAACUGUUGCCUCAUGCUGCUGAUGUUGUACGACUCCUAACAGAGUGUUUCAGGAGAUGUGCACUGCCUGAUUUAAGAAUAAAGCUGUACUCGAUUGCACAAAGGCUGCUGAUCUCUAUGGGCAUAGGAAUGGCUCUUUACCUUGCAUCAGAAGUAAUUAUAAAUGCAUUUGUUGACCUGAACUUUACCAAUCACAACUCUGUCAUAAGAUCAUCCCAACUUCUUAAUUCAAAAAGUCGAAGGGUGGUGGAGCUACCCUCUAACCAACGUAAAAGGCAGCGUGGCCCUGAACCAGAGCCCCAGAAUGCAGUUGAUGCUGAAGCUGAAGAUGUGAACAUCAAUAGCACAAUUCCAGUUUCUGUUCAAAUAUCAGCACUGAAGGCAUUGGAAGCCCUUCUCACUGUGUGUGGGACGCUGAGAUCAGAGUGAAGUAGACCUUCUGAUAACGGCAGCCACCAAUGUUUUUGAUGGGUUGUGUACAUUUGGGGAAGCAAAUGCCCUCAUAGCUGAUGAACCGGCAUCCAUAAGAGCUGAUUUUCAGCUUGCUGCUUGUGAAGCACUAUUGGCAUCUCUCUCACCAUGUGGCCAUCAUCCACCGUAUUUAUCUCAGGGCCUUGCUCUCUCUCUCUCUCUCUCUCAUGGCUUGCAGGAAAGAUUCGAACCUGAGAUCUCUUAAUGGAAAACUAAGCCUCUUUCUCGCUAUCCCUUGUGCUCUAUAUUUCUUGCCACAGGCAAGAGGGAAGGAGGAACAAGGCUUGCUGAGUUCUGCGCUCACGCUCUGUUAGCUCUACAGCCACUCAUCCACCCUCGUGCGCUUCCAUUAUGAUCAGUUCCAGCCACUAACACUGGACGUAAGUUGGAUGAGACUACACUUUCCAGUGGUCAAAGGCCAGGCAUGCGAUUUAUUGAUGAAUGGGCAGGGUCCUCAAGUUCUAAAAGCGACGAUUUUUAUGAUGCCUUGUGCUCAAGCUGGCUCAAAACCAGCGAGGAGCCCUCUGAAGACACUAAUCAGGCAGAAGAGCCAGGUGUAACUGGCGUUUUUGGCCAAGGAGCAACAGAGAAUUGAGUGGUAGUGGAUUUGAAUCUGGCAUUUUCGACAGAAAUGCCUGAGAAUGUGGGGGAUAAGAGAGCGGGGGCUAGGAACUGGUAUUUUCGACAGGGAAAUGGAGAAUGUGGGGAUUAGGGGAGAGAGACUGUUUGGAACCAGUACCUUUGAGCAAGAGAUGAUGCAAAGCGAGGCUGAGAAGAGAGAGAAAGUGUUCGAAACCAGAGUUUGUGACAAAGAUGUAAUGGAGAAUGUGGAAGAUAAGAGAGAGGAAGCGUUUGGAGGGGAUGCAUUGUUUGACAAUGUGGUUCCCCAACAGGUGAGCUAUUUUCGAGUAAGGUUUUUAUGGUGGCAUUAUCAGAUUCUGAACCAGAACCCUUACCAGACAUUGUUGAUUCACCGAUUAGACAUGGGGGUUUUGCCCUUGGCUUAACUCGAGCUUCAAUUUUGUUUUUGUAUUUUAUUUUCGUAAUAAUAAAACCUGCUCGUAAAGUUUGGAGUACCAAAUUUUAGUGCUUGCAUCAAAUUAAACUUAGAAUUAACUC